GGCUACGAUGGCUCGCUAAGGGGAGGUUUGCAGGUUUGCAGGUUUGCAGUUGCAAUGCAAGUCCUGCUCUCUGGCGUUGCGUGAGUGCGGCUGCAGUUGCAGUUGCGGCAGGGCAUGAACACAAUAGCACUUUAAUUGCUAGUGAGCCACAGCACCUGGGAUUCAAAGAAAACCUUCUCCUAUACAGGAGGAAAUAUAAGCACCGUGACUAGCAGAUCCGAUAGCCUUAAACUCCCUGAAUUCAUCUAAUCCUCUUUUGGAGACAUCUAAGUAGCUGCUGUGUUGCAGGAUAUUGGCUCAGCAUUUGUGAUGAAAUGGACUGGGAACAGCUUGACAUGAACCCCAGAGUGAUUGCAGCAAUUAAGAAAGCAAAAAUCAAAUCUAUCCAAGAGAUUAUGAACCUUUCAGGAGCAGAUUUGCAAAGGCUGACAAAUCUGUCCCGUACGGAUGUACAGUACCUGCUAAGGGCCAUUUCUGGUGCAUUAAGGAAAAACUCUGUGCUUACAGCUCUUCAGCUAUUCCAGGACAGAAACCACAACACUUCCCAACACCAGAAGCUAAGUCUGGGCUGCCCGAUUCUGGACAGCUUGCUACAAGGCGGCAUUCCCCUUGCAGGAAUCACCGAAAUUGCUGGCGAAAGUUCUGCUGGGAAGACCCAGAUUGGUUUGCAACUGAGCCUUUCUGUGCAAUAUCCGUACAAAUACGGUGGACUGGAAUCUGGUGCUGUUUACAUUUGUACAGAAGACGUUUUCCCAAAUAAGCGCUUGCAGCAACUGAUUGAGCAGCAACCCAAAGCGAGGGCUAACAUUUCGCCCGAUGUGGUGCAGAAAAUAAAAUUUGGAAGUGGUAUUUUUGUUGAGCAUGCCGCAGACCUGGAGACUUUCCACGAGUGUAUUACUAAGAGGAUUAACUUGCUGGUCUCAAGGGGCAUGGUUCGCCUGGUUGUGAUCGAUUCCAUCGCUGCCUUAUUCAGAUGUGAGUUCGCCGCCAAGGAUUCCAUCCUGAAAGCCAAAUAUUUGCAGAUAUUUGGAGCCAAACUUCACAAGCUAAGCAGCAAGUUCCGAGUCCCAGUGGUAUGCAUUAAUCAGGUAACUGACACAAUGGAUGAGAAAGGAGGUGCUGCUCAGAGUAGUCCUGGAUGCGCCACCAAGAGAGUAGUUCCGGCACUUGGAAUAACUUGGUCCAAUCAGCUGUUGAUGCGGCUGAUGGCAAGCCGGAGGACAGACCAACCGCUGGCUGCCAAUGAUACGCCACACCAGGGCAGAAGUGCGCUGCGGACGUUAAGGGUGGUUUUUGCUCCUCACCUGCCCCCGUCUUUUUGCUACUAUGCAGUCAACUUGGAAGGUGUAAAAGGAAUAAAGGAGACGCCACCGAAUUUAUGAAGAAAACUGUGAAGCUUCUUGUGUGCUGCAGAUUUAUUCAUGCUACAGUACAAUGGAAUUUAGCUGCUGUAGUAAAAUCGGCAGCUUACCAUGGUUGCAUCCAGACUGCAUCCUUGGUUAAGCUGGGAAAUGCAAACAAAACUAAUUUUGGGAGGGAGUAAUUUUUACUUUUAAAACUUUUAAAAGGGAGUAAUUUUUGGACAAGACCAGCCCAGUUUUAAAGCAAUUGCAGAGUCAAGCAUCUAACAAAUAGCCUAAGUAUUAUCUGAAUCCUCUGGAGGGUUAACUUGUUAAAAUUUGUCGAGGCAAACACUGAGUAAGUAUCUUAUAUUUAUUGGUCCUAGGGUAAGACUAUCCUUU